ACACUGGUAGUAAUUUGGAAGUAAUAUCCAUUGCAACAAUUUGUAAUCUAACGUGAAGCGUGGUAUAUCGAAUACACAUAUGUGAAUAGUGCAAGCCAGCUAUAAUAUGCCCAGGUAUACCAGGAAAUCUCAUUCCAAUCCGAAGAAAUCGGAACUUCCAGGGUCAUCCAACGAUCAUCUUGAAAUGUUCGUUCAAGACGGAACCUCGGUCAUCGACGCCGAAAUCAAACAGGAAGAGGAACAGAAGCACGAGCUAAAUCCACUGGAGUCGAAACCACUGGGUGAAGUUAAGGUGGAGCCUUUGGAACCAAUCGGGGAUCCAUUCGGGCAGCCAGAUCGGAACUUCGACCAGCCUCGCUGUCAAUUUUGUCUCAAGUCGAUUAGCGGAGAUCAAGCUACCAUCACGCGGAAAAUGAUCACCUAUGUUUUAGGUGUACGGAAACUGGCCGCGUUUUCCGAAAGUCCGGACUGCUGCCUAGAGUGUAAGAAGAUGUUUGAGAUGUUCCACGAGUUCAAGAAGUCGUGCCUGGCGGCUUUGGCUCGUUCGAAGGAACUGUUGGCGGAAAAAAAGGUUUCGAAUACGGUUGAACCCUCGCGGCGGGAUUCGAUGCUUUUACUGGUGGAAGUAAACGACGAAAAAGCUAGUAAGAUUUCUGGGUCGCCAAUUCAUAAAUUUGAUUCAGAUGUUGAAGAGACAGGAUUUCAGGAUGAUACUGACGAAGAAAGCAUGGAACCGGUUUCGGUGGUGCCACCGACGGAGAACACCAUCGAAACGGUAUUCGAUAGUCCGGAAAAGUUAUGCGAAAUGAACUGGCUCACCUAUCCCGAAACAUCGCCGAAAGAAACGGCACCUGAACCGAGCAUUCCACCUGUCCCUAUCGAAGAUCUUCCCAGCGACAAACCCAAAAAACGAAGAAAUGUCAAAUCAAAAGACAAACCCCCGCGCAAAAAGUCCAACGUUGACCAUCCUACAUCGAAUCAUUCUGAAUCCGGACCAGACGAUGGUUCCGAUUCGGCACCGGCAAAUUCGGUAUCAAAAGAAUCAAAACCUCGGAAACCGAAAAAGAAUAAGAAAACCAAUUACGCAUGUGAUCAGUGCCCGGAAACAUUCACUACCGAACACCAGUGGACGUUGCAUAUGAACAGACACAAAGGCAUUCGGACGGUCGCCUGUCGCCGCGAAGGCUGCGACAAGAAGUUCUUCGACACUCAGCAUCGCCACGCGCACGAAAUCGGCUGCGGCAAGGAUGUGAAGAUUAUGUGCAGCGUGUGUGCCGCCAUCUUCCGCUCGAUGAGUGCCCUGCGCACCCACAUGGCCAGCCAUGGAGAACUGAAGCACUUUUGCAAAGUCUGCGGCAAGGGUUUCUACCGGAAAGCCAAGCUGGACAAGCACGCCUCGGUGCAUUCCGAUGCGCGGAACUUCGAGUGCAAUGUGUGCGGCAAGCGGUUCAAGUCGAAGGAAGCCAACCGGGUGCACCAGCGUGUUCACACCGAGGAACGACCGUACGCGUGCCACAUCUGUAGCAGGGCUUUCCGAUACAACUGCGGACUCAAGGCGCACCUGGAGAGGGGGCACGAUCCGGCCGAUUUACGGCAGCAGGAUCUGGCAGCUGCUGGUAAUAGUUCUUUCGGAAUAUCUGGCGGUUUGUACUGAUGCGAAGGAUCUGUAAGCUGUUACAUUACAUCACAAGAAUUGAUCAA